UCAGAUCAAAUAAUUAAUAAUGGAUAUCCAGUAGAGACGUAUGAAGUUGAAACUAAAGACCACUAUAUGGUGGGCAUGGAACGAAUACCGUAUAGUAAAAAUGGGAAUAAAACAAUUGGCAAACCUAUCAUUCUAUUACACGGCUUGUAUGGGACGUCAAUGUAUUAUACACUUAACAAUAUAUCUCUCAGUUUCAUACUAUCUGAUGCUGGUUUUGACGUUUGGCUUCUCAAUUUUCGCCUUGCUGGCAUUUCUAAAUAUAUCAAAAACCCAAGAACCGGCCUGGUAACUCCAUUGAGAAAUAUGUCAUGGGAUUUCAGCUUUGACGAAUUGGGAAUAUAUGAUACAACAGCUGCCAUUGAUUUUAUCAUAAAUAAAACUGGAUAUUCUACAAUACACAUGGGCGGUUAUUCUUUCGGAGCUACCAUAUGCCUGAUUGCACUAGCAGAAAGACCAGAAUACAACAAAAAAAUUGACAAAUUAGUUUUGAUAGUGCCCACGGCCAGAAUGAAGUACUACGACCGAAGGCUUAUCAUUUUCAAGAUAUUUCCCUAUUUAUUCCAUCGACCAUUGAGAGGUAGAGGAUACAUACCUAAGAUGAAACAUCCAGACGAUCAAUGGCUAGGACGCCAAUGUAAAGAUAAUAAAUACAUGAAAUAUUUAUGUCUGUAUGUGAUGACCCAAGUACAAGGCAAUCUUCUACCAAUAAAUUACAAUACUAUUGAAAUCCUGAGAACAUAUCCUCAGCCAACAUCCGUUAAAGUUAUGACUCACUAUUACCAACUAAUACUUCAGGAUUACUUCCGAAAGUAUGAUUAUGGAACAAUUGGAAAUAUGAAGCAUUAUAAUUCUACUACUCCGCCUGAUUAUGAUUUAUCUAAAGUGACAGCGGCGACAUAUGUGUAUCAAUCAAAACAUGAUAUAAUUGCUCCUCCUAAGGACGUAAAAUGGUUAGUAGACCGAUUACCUAAUAUCAAGAAUAUCACAAUGGUGAAGAAAUUCAGUCACAUGGGAUUCGCUAUAAGCCCUUAUGCUAAACCUAUUAACCUUUUAAUUGUUAAACAUUUAUUGGAAGAUAGUAAUUAGAUGUAUUACAAUUUGAAAAUAUUAAAUGUGCUUAUUAUAAUAAAAUAAAUGUAUUGUUGAAUUG